UGGCAAAUUGUUUAAAUUCCAAUUUGACCUAAAACCCGGCUUAGCCGUUUUAAAGCAGCUUUAAAAUGACUAAAAGCAAUUAAAGUGAAGACUACAAACCCAAAACUAAAGGAUAAGCAUGCUGCACGAAGGCAAUAGUGAUUUUGUGGUCCUCACAGAGGUGGUACGCCAGCAAUAUGUACUCUAUUUGGAACGCCAGCUGCAGGAGAACGUCUGCGCCUGGGCCAACCAAUCCCGGAAUCGCCACAAGCCAACAGCUUGGGCCUGCAUUCCCGCAAGCUUGGAGCAACUGGAGGACAAGGCGAAAAAGGCCUGUAUGGCGGCUCAGAUCUACCAGAGAGCCAUGGUCAAGACGAUAGCUGCAGUACGCCGGAACACCCAGGAGUGCCGUCUGGCGAACAUCCUCUUCGACCAAAUGCAGCUUUUAGGAGGAGAAGACGCAGUGCCCCCUAAAAGAGGGUACCUCCUGGUGGAUAGGGCCACACAAACCACUGCCAUGGAAGCCCAGAAUGGUCACGUUUCUCCUGCAGAAGAGGAUAACGAUGGUAGCUAUGAGCUGCGUCGGAAAAUCGAUAUGUUUCAGGCCAGCCUCGAAGAGUCGGAAGUUCAGAAGGAGCCGCUUUGUCGACGAUGUCGGCGAAAGAACAUAACGCCUGAGCACAAGCCACAGGGCAAUCCAGGAUCCCCCUUCUCCGAAACCGAAGAUGCAGUGGCCCAGGAGCUGGCCAUGUUAUUUUGCGACGAGCCCACCGAUCUGAAUGAUAUCUUCGGCAUCGAACCCACCGCUGUGACCGACGAUCCUCAAAUCUCUGCCAUUCUAGAGGAGAUUGAGAACGCCGAGCUGCCGGAAAAGAUGGAAGACCCGCCCGAUUCCCCAACCAUAGCAUCGGCCACUGGACAUCACAGCGAGGUGGAUCUUCGACAGAGUCGUUGGCCCUGCGAACUUUACGCUCAGAGGAGGCGACUCAAUGCCUGUUUGGUUCGCCUGCUGGAAGCGGACUGGCGUUGCGAGGAUCGCUUGAGGUACAAGUUCCGCCUGUUCUUUGGCGAGGACAGCGAGGAUGAGUUCGCCACUCAAGUGUCCAGCCCUUCAAUCGAUUUGGUGGACGAAGUGCUGCUGGCCAGCUGCGUGCUUCGCAUUCGACCGUGGAUUGUGCGACAUUUGAUGAGUCCGUUAGCAGAAGGUCUGAUCGCCAAUCGAUUUCUGUUCAAGAAGCUGGCCAAGAUGCUGGCCCACUCCAUUGUCCUGGUCAAUCCUUACUGCUCGGAGCAGCAGAUCAAGAAAGCUGUGGAGCAGCUAUUCUGCCUUAGACCAAGGGGUGUCCAAAGCGCCUAUGAUCUGGACAAUCUGCCGCCCUUGGAUGUCCCAAAAUUUGAAUUGUAAGGAACCUCUAGUAGUUUAGAAAGUCUAAAUAGAUAUGUAGAUGCAAGUCAACUAAAAAUCUCAGGAGAUGAAUGUAGUUUAAAAAGGACUAUAAGCAAUUUUACUAAAGAAUAACAUAUUUGAACAAAAUUAAAUCGAAUUUAGAGGAUGCAUGGAUAAAUUCUAAAGAAACAAAUAUGAAAAAAUUAAUGUAGUUUAAGAAGGACUAUAAGCAAUUUUACUAAGGAACAACAUAUUUCAAUUAAAUUUAAAUCGAAUUUAGAGGAUGCAUGGAUAAAUUCUAAAGAAGCAAAUAUCGAAAAAUAGGUUUAG